AUGAAGCGGUUUUCUGGAGAGGUGGCGAACGGCUAUGGCGUUACCGGUGUGUACGUACCACGCGCGGCCCCAGAGACUGCCGCCAACGCCAACGCCAAUGCCGCCGGCCUGGCCUCUCCAGAGAAGCAGCCUCCGGGGGCGGAGGCGCCGCGGUCUCACACCAAGCCGGCAGUCUGGCCACAGUUCCUCGCCGCCUGCGUCGUGAACCUGAACACGUUCGCGUUCGGCUCGUCGAUGGUGUGGCCGGCGAUGGCGCUGCCGCAGCUGCAGUCGGCCGAGGACGGCGUGGUGUCGCAGCCGCUGACGGUCGACGAGGGCUCCUGGGUGUCGUCGCUGCUCGCCGUCGCAGCCGUCGUCUUCACGCCCGUCUUCUCCGCACUCACCGAGUUCGUCCCUCGCAAGCCGUUCGGCUACCUCACCGUGGCGCCGCUGCUCGUCUCCUGGAUCCUCAAGAUCGCCUCCACUAACACGGGGUACCUCUACAUCGCAAGGAUCCUGGCGGGCAUCAACGCGGCGGCGUCGCUGGUGCUGCCCUCUAUCUACGUGAGCGAGAUCGCGAGCAACGAGGUGCGCGGCGCGCUCGGUUGUCUGCUGGGGCUGAUCAGCAACUCGGGCGUGCUCUUCUCGUACGUGGUGGGCGCCUACCUGCCCUACUCGGCGGUGCUCUACCUCAACCUGGUGCCGCUUCUGCUCUUCGCCGUCGGCUUCGCCUUCCUCCCUGAGACGCCCUACUGGCUGGCCAAGAAGCGCCAGUACCCGGAGGCCCGGCAGUCGCUGCGGUGGCUGCGGCGCGGCAUCACGGAGGAUCAGCUGGAGCACGAGAUGGCGCUGAUCGAGGCCUCCCUGGGGCGGCACAAGGCCAAGGCGGGGGCGGGGGCGGAUGCGGGGGCGGAGCGGCCGGCGCUGGAGCGGCAGGCGUGCUCGCGGGCCGCCGUCGUCGGGCUGUGCCUCAUCGUCAUGGUCGCCGUCAACCAGCAGCUGUGCGGCCUCUUCGCCGUCAUCAACUACGCCGUCUUCAUCUUCGAGGAAGGGGGCAACGCCCUGUCUCCAGAGCUCGCCACAAUCAUCAUGGGGCUUCUACAGGUGGCCGGCGGUGUCCUGUCCACCCCGCUGAUGGACUACGUCGGCCGACGCACGAUAUUCUUCGUGACGAACGUGUUCGCCUCGGCGUCGCUGAUAGCCCUGGGCGCGUACUUCUACCUGCGCACGGAGACGGCCACGGACGUGUCGUCCGUGGGCUGGCUGCCGGUGCUGUGCCUGUCGCUGUUUGUCAUGGUUAUGGCCGUGGGCCCGGGCCCGCUGCCCUACGUGCUGGUGAUGGAGCUGGUGGCGCCGCGCCUGCGCGGGCUCGCCUCGGUGCUCGGCUUCUGCACCAUCUGGGGGCUGGCCGCCCUCAUGAGCAAGCUCUACCCCUUCAUGUCCGACGCCAUGGGCGAGUACGGCUCCUUCUGGUUCUUCGCGGCCGUCAGCAUCGCGUGCACCGUCGUCGGACUGGCGGCUCUACCUGAGACCAAAGGCCGGCCUCUGGACAGCAUCCUCAGGGACCUCAACGGCGGCAAGAGUGUCUUCACCGUCAGCUCCUAGAUCCGACCGGCCGACGGCACGGAGAUACGCGAUCGUCUCCGUCAAGCUACGUGUACUGUAGUGCAAAUUGCAGUAUUUAUACAAUUCUUUCAUAAUGAAAGUAUCGACAUAGCUGUGCUACGCUACCUAUGUAGGAAUCACAGC